GACUCGAAAUAGAAACCCUCAUCGGAAGAGGUUACCUGACGAAAUGCGUCAGAGGAGCAGAGAAGCGGAAGGACCAAUAAGUUAUCCCACCACCGCCUCCAGAAUCAGACUAUAACGAGACGACGGGAUCUUACAUUGUUCGCAAAGAGAUAGGGGUCAUCACAAUUGAGGGUGACAGACCAAAAAAGAAGACAAAAGCGACCAAGCAGUAGAGUGCACGGCAAUAAGCACCACCACCAAGUGUGACAUGAGCUUUAGCGACUCAGAGCUCUCACAAGGAAUCCCGUCAGAAGAUCCACUGACCAUAACGGCGCUAAUCGUCGCGUGCAAGACCCACCGCCUGCUAAUAGACGGAGGGAGCGUUGUGGACGUCUUGUUCAAGUGCACCCUCGACCAGAUGGACAUAGAUCCGCGACUCAUCCAACAGGCGCAAGGCAACUUAGUGGGAUUCUCCGGAACACGUGUCGCGGUCAUUGGAGAAAUCACACUGCCAGUUGUAAUUGAAGAUGACGAGCUGCGCGUUUCGAAGCAAAUCAAGUUUACCAUUGUAGACUGUGACUCACCACGCAACGACAUAUUGGGCCUCCCAUUCCUUGCAAAAUUCAUGUCGCUACCAUCCACAUGUCAUCAAAAACUCAAAUUCCCCACCAAGGCAGGAACAGGAGAGUCGUGCAGCUUACCAUGGACCAAGAGCAACCAAGAAGCCCCGUGCCCCGUCGCGGCACCACGACAAACCAACAUCAUCGACACUCAUGCUGAUGACCCCCACCUCGAGUCAAUGGAUUCUGACUUUGAGGUCGCACUGGACCCGACAGAACCGAACAAGAAGGUGCGCAUCUCGACUCAUGUCCCGAACGACAUGGUUGAGCUGUUAGUGAAACUGCUACAAGAGUACAAAGAACUCUUCGCCUGAUGCACAGAAGACAUGCCAGGAGUGCCAAGGCAUGUAGCGCAACAUUGCCUCGCGGUUCCCAAUAACGCGGAACCCCGACAACAGCACGCCGCACCUUCACAGGUGAGAAGUUUGAAGGCCAUAAAAGAAGAAGUGGUGCACCUACUCGCCGCCGGGCUCAUCCAGGAAGUAAAAUAACCAAGAUGGCUGGCCAACGUAGUCCUGGUGAAAAGGCUUCCGGCGCAUGGAGAAUGUGCGUGGACUACACCACCAUCAACAGAGUAUACCCAGGAGACCCAUACCCCUUGCCACGCAUCGACCAACUGAUCGACGCAACAUCCAACCAUGAAACAUUAUCAUUCUUGGAUAUGUUUUCAGGAUAUCACCAUAUCCCAAUGAGCUGCGAAGACGAGGAGAAACCGCCUUUAUGACGCCAUCCAGAAACUUCUGUUUCACAGGAAUGCCAUUCGGCUUGAAGAAAGUGGGCGCCAGAUACCAGCGGAUGAUUGAUACAGUCUUCGCGCCCCAGGUGGGGCGCAACAUUGAGGCCUACGUGGACUACCUUAUCGUUAAAACAAAGGGAGGAGGCUCACAUUUGGAAAAUCUCUGCGAAACUUUCGAGGCGUUAUGCAAAACAGCCUCCGACCAAACCCGUUAAAGUGCGUCUUUGGCGCAGAAGCAGGAAAGUUCCUAGGAUUCAUGAUAACCAAACGCGGGAUCGAGGUCGACCCCUAACAAAUCAUAGCAGUGCAACAGCUACGCGCCCCCAGAAGCACCACCGAAGUUCAAUCUUUGAACGACAAGCUAGCAACGCUGGGACGGUUCAUUCCGAGGUCCGCCGGCAAAUGUGAUCCAUUCUUUCAAACCUUGAAAAAUGGCGCCCGAUUCAUGUAGACCCCAGAAUGUGAAGCCGCAUUCAAUGAGCUUAUGCUGUACUUAGUAUCACCCCCUAUAUUGACUGCCCCUGAGCUUAAUGAAAAGUUGUUUCUGUACUUGUCAGUGUCUGCGAGAGCAGUGAGCGCAGUGCUAAUCUCAAGGUGGGACGCGCAGAUAGAGAAGUCGAUCUAUUACACAUCGCGAACAUUGGCAAGCGCGGAAACAAGAUAUUCCCCAAUUGAGAAAGCCUCCCUAGCGCUAGUAAGCGCAUAACAAAAGCUACGCCCCUACUUCCAGUCACACAUUAUCACAGUUCUCACAAACCUGCCGCUCAAAAGAAUUCUAAGCUCAAUGGAGGUGUCAGGGGCGGAUGGUGAAAUGGGCGGUCGAAUUAUCACAAUAUGAUAUCCACUAUGCACCAAGGCCGGCGAUCAAAGCACAAAUCCUCGCCAAUUUCAUCGCGGAAGGAGUGACGUUAAGCGACAAACCCGAUGGAGUGUGGGAGGUCUACAUCGAUGGGGCCGCCAGCAAACAUGGAGAUGGCGCGGACGUGGUCAUAAGAUGCCCGCAGGGCUAUCCACCAGAUCGCCAUCCUCUUCAAAACGCUUAAAACCAACACACUUCUGAGUACGAAGCAAUACUGGCAGGACUGACGGCUGCCAGAGACAUAGGCUCAAGAGUUGUAUGAAUUUUAUCCGAUUCCUCCAUUGCAGUCAACCAACUGAACGGAAUCUUUGACGCCAAAGAGGACACGCUUGCUCAAUACAUAGAGCGCGUCAGAGCGAGAGAGGCACAGUUCGAAACAUAACAUACGUCCAGAUACCGCGAGAGGAGAACAUGCACGCGGAUGCACCGUCCAAACUCGCUACGGCUACAGACUUCGAGUCAACAAGGAUGGUCUCCGUACAAAAAGAGGACCAGAACACUUUGCACAUCGUGAAUACAACACAAAGGGCAGAAAACGAGGACUGGCGAACGCCAAUUAUCGCGUUCUUGACGGAUGAUGCAAUACUGAAAGACGCGAAAUAAGCCUGGGCACUCAGA